AUGAACCGUAGUGUACGUCCUGAGAAUGUGGAAUUCACUGUCAAGGCCGCAGAGGAUCUGGUGCUAACGGGAAAAGAACGAUCCAUUGUGCGGGUCUCCGCCAAUAAUAUGUAUUCAUGUCUUAUGCAGAAGACACAGCGAUUUUCUUCCCUCUUUCGUCAUUAUAGUAAACAUCACGGAUUACCACGAGAAUCUCUUGAUUUUUUCUUUACGAAUUGUUUGGACCCGGAAGAUUCACCUGAAUCAGUGCAUUUACAAAAGAAUGAUAUUAUACUAGUGCGACAUCGUGUAGCAAUGACGACCCUGACACUACCAAGUCACAAUGAUGAAGCGUAUUUUGCAACGAUGAGGGAGCUUUUCCUGAACGGAGUUGGGAGUGAUGUGACGCUAGAGGUUGGGCCAGACAGAGAGAUUUUACGUGUACAUCGUCUGAUCCUUACGACAAGAUGCGAGAUUUUUGAGGCCAUGUUUCGCCGUGGGGCUAUGAGAGAAAGCGAGGACGGGGUCGUUCGCAUUGAAGAUCACUCGAUUGAGAUGGUGUCUAAGAUGCUUGAGUUCAUCUACACAAACCGCGUCUUGGAUAUGGCCAAGCUAAAUUCUAACCAACUCGUUGAUUUGCUAACCCUGUCAGAGCAGUAUCUGCUACUGCCACUAAAGCACUUAUGCGAGGUUGCAGCGAAGGAUGUUUUGUCCGUUGGAAAUGUCGGACGAUUCCUUUGCGCCGCGGAGAAGUUCAACGCCGCAUAUUUGAAAGAGUACUGUCUUGCUUUCUUUCUGGCUCACACAAACGAAAUUGUGGACGACGAGAACUUUCGUGAGGAGAUUGAAAGCUGCCCAUCGAUGGCACUGACUAUUGUGCGGGCAUCAACUCGCAACGUCGGGUCUUCCUCGGAGCCGAUACCGAAGCGACGAAGACUAAACAUGCCAUUCGAAGAACCCGACUACUUAUCCCCGGGUACCUGA